AGGAGAUGGUGAUGGGCCUCAGGAGGAGUCGGGAACUGCGGCACGUGAUGCGGCAGAUGCAGGGCAUGACGAAGGUCUACACCUCCGUCGCGAGGCCCUCGGUCGCUGGCACCGACGAGCCCAGAUCGCCCCUGCACCGCCGGGCGGACCGCAUGCUGGGGGACGGGUCGACGGAGCAGCCGGGCCGCGAGGUGGCCCAGCGAGUGCACGCAGCAACUGUACCACGGCAGGCUUCCGAGGCGCACGGGCUCAAGGAGGCGCGCAGGCGCGAGCUGCGGCAGUUCCACAGCAUCUCCGAGGGCGCCGACAGGGAGUCCAAGGACAUGGACUUCGACGCGUUCGUAGAAUUCUUUAGGGAAGCCGGGUUGCUGCUGGAGUACGGCGCGGGCCACAAUGUGACGGGGGGCAACAAAGGAGAUCUGCUCCACGACGUGGUCCAAGGCUCCCUCCUUGGGGCGGAGGCGCCUUCGGGCUACGGGCUGCAGUGGCCGUCCUCCGCGGACUCCGAGCUGACGGCGGUUUUCGGCGGACAGAAGGAGGACGGUCGCGUCAGCGCGCUGGAGACGACUCCGCCCGUGUCGCGCCUCGGGUUCAGGGACAGGGAGGACACGCCCUCGGAGUUUUCCGAUUGGAGCGAGCGGGGCGACGGCGGCGAGCGGGGGCCGUCGCGCAUCGGCGCCAUGGCGCGUGCGGGCGCCCUACAGGAGCGCCCCCACAGCGUCGCGGAGGCGCCCGGAGCGGCCGCGGCGGCGCAGCGCGCGAGCGGCCCAGCGAGGCCGCGGAGCGCCGCCCUGGAGCGCUCAGGCGGCGUAUCCAAGCGCCCCGGCAGCGUCCUGGAGCGGCCCGAGAGCGCCAGGAUGGGCUCUCAGGCGUCGCGCCUGGACACGGACGAGAGGAGGAUCGGCGGCGCCGCGAUCAUGGCCGAGAAGGCCGCGUUGGCCCUCGGCCGGAUGGACGUCAAGCGCGGCCCGCCGGUGCCCCCGCCGGCCCGGCCGCGCGACCUCUGAGUGUUUUUUUGUUUGCUGUGUUUCUUUGUGUUGGGGUGCGCGCGACGGCGCCUCCCUCGCGGGCGGCGCGGGAGAGACGCGCGCUCCCGUGCGCGGGGACGGGAGGGAAGGAGAGCA